AUGCCAGAGAGCACUGGCGGCCAGACAAGCGCCUUAUCUCCGCCUCAUGUUCUUGAGCCUGUCACGGUGGAGAAGUGCGCGCUGACCUUCAUCCUGGAUUUCGAGGCGCACAGCUUGAGUGCGCACUGUGUGCUGGUGCUGGUUGGAGAAGAGGCUGCGCCUGAGAUUUGCUUGCACAUCAAUGAGUGCCUUCAGAUUCUUGAUGUACAUGUAGAGGGCACAGAUUUGAGGCUGGACUUCAUCCUGGAUAAGUAUCUUCCCGCCGGCUUUGCCGCUCUCGAGGGUUCACAGAUGAUGAGGGUUUUGGUGCCACCAGAAGCAUGGCAGUCCGGACAACUCUACAGCACAAGGUUGCAGGUCAAGUACAGAGUUCUUCCUGGCUCAACUGCUUUGAUAUGGAUGGAUGGCAGCGACGAUGACGAUGCACAAAUAGCCAUGACGCAGGACCAGCCUGGCUGGGCGAGCGCACUCUUCCCGUGCAUGGAUGAACAGGCCGUACGUUCCAGCUACUUGCUGCGCCUUUGGGUUCCCGAGAACAUGAUGGCCAUUGCAGCUGGCGGAAGGCUUGAGGAGGAGCCACCUGUGCGCAUGAACGGCCACCUCGAGUACGCUUAUCGCUUCGAUUGGAAAAUGCCCGCACGCUCUCUUACCUUCAUUGCCGGAAGUUUUGGCCAGAUAUCAGGCAGGUUCUCCACUUUCUUCGGCUUGACGCCUCUGGGCUCCAUUCAGAAAGCAGCAGAGGAAAUUGAAGACUCGCUGCAGCCCCUCCACGAUGCCUUGAUGCACGUGUUCAAGGAUGACGAUAAAGCAGGACAUGCAGGUGGUCCAGUCUUGCAGGUCGUGUUGCUUCCUGCUCAUGUUUGCCCGCAAGGAGGUCGGGGAGUUCUCCGGCUCUUGAUCUUGCCUAUGUACAUGCUUUCAGCCGGAAAGGCAAUGUGGUAUGCUGUGGAACUGUGCUUGGUGAAGGCGUGGCUUGGUGUAUCUGAUUGUGCUGUUUCUUGGCGAGAUCGGUGGCUUUGCAGCGGCUUGGAGCUGUAUGUGCUGCAGCAUGUGAUGCGAGAUGCUCACGGUGAUGCUGCCAGUAUGCUCCAUCUCAGUUUUCUUUGGAGGGGGUUUUGCAGAGCUGCUCAGCAACUCCCCGAGCAUGGUGCGGAGUCGAGGCCGCGAUGCGCAGCUCGCGCUUGGGAAAAGCGUUUGGGUGAGCUGCAGGAGCUCGUGGGUGGCGACCUUGCCAUGUACCUCUGGCUCGGACAGUCAUUGCCCCCCGAGGAGAAUGAAGCUUUAGUGCGUCGCCUCAGGCGAAAGUGUCGAGAGGCACCGAUUUCUGAGGAGGUUGCGCUUGCUGCUCUGAAAGCCCAUUCAGAAUCGCCUGUGGGCCUCACCGAGUGGCCACCAGAUGACUGGUGUGCCGAGCAGCUUCGGAAGCAGCUCCGUGCAGCAAGCAGUCUCGCCGAAGUUCGCGAGGUUGAGAAGGUCGCCAGCGCUUGGGAGGACAUCAUCCCGGUGGAAGUUGUCGGUGGCCUCGAGAACAAGCUGAACAAGCUUAUCAUUCGGACGGCGAUUCACGUCAAGGUCAAGUGGACGGUUCUACAGCAGCUCUUCUUCUUGGACCUGCUACAAGACAGUACAUCUAUAUACCGUGAAAGCGUGGUCCAUAUCGGCAAUGCAUACGGGUUCAAUGCUUCGUCGAACGCGGAUGUCUUGCGACGAUGGUGCGUGAUCCUUAUCAAGCACAACUGUCAAGAUCAUGUCGGUGUCCUCGAGACAUGCUUGGAACUACAGUGCGAGGUUGCGCACUUCUCCUCCAUAUUCGCUGCAAUGGUCGAAAGGGCACAGAGCGUGACGAGGUGGAAAUUCAUCGCGCAGAGUCUUUGGAACUCCAUUCAGCCGCGCAUACACCCCCGUGUGCAGAGUCACAUCUUCCGAAUUUUGGACAUUGGUGGUUGUAUUGGAUGCUUCUGA